UUUAAUGACAUUACAGCCGUCCUCGGUUUCUUAUCUCCCACUAGCUCACCCCACUCAUCAGUAACUCUUUUUUCGAUUUCUCACACGAUCGCCUCCCUUUUAUGUUCCGUAUCAGUGGGUAUCACAUGAAAACCAAAUCCGUCAACCAUGUCCUUUCUUCAGAUCUCCCUUCCAAAACCCCCCUUCUUCUUCAAGACCAAACCUCCAAAACAAUAUACAACCACAUGUUGUCCCAAGAAUCCUUCAAUUGUACCCACCCCCACUGGAAAGUUCAUUUCUUGGAGACGACCCCAUUCAAGAAUCACUCUCAGUGCAGUAGCAGCAGAAAAUGACGAUCGAAGCACAGAUUAUGUGACGAAAGAGAAUAGUGUUUCCGUGAUUUUUCUUGCAGGAGGGAUGGGCAAAAGAAUGGGCGUGAGCAUGCCAAAGCAGUACCUUCCACUUUUAGACCAACCAAUUGCAUUGUACAGUUUCUACACCUUCUCCCAGUUGCCUCAAGUGAAAGAGAUUGUUGUGGUUUGUGAUCCAUCUUAUAAGGAUGUAUUUGAAGAUGCAAGAGAAAAGAUCAAAACUAAAUUGAAAUAUGCAUUGCCUGGAAAGGAGAGGCAAGAUUCUGUAUAUAGUGGAUUUCAGGCUGUUGAUGUGAACUCUGAACUCAUUUGCAUCCAUGACUCUGCAAGACCUCUAGUACUUGCAGAAGAUAUUGAGAAGGUUUUAAAGGAUGGUUUGCUUGUUGGGGCAGCCGUUCUCGGAGUUCCGGCUAAAGCAACAAUCAAAGAGGCAAAUGAUGAAUCGUUUGUUGUGAGAACUCUUAACCGGAAGACCCUCUGGGAAAUGCAAACCCCACAGUUUAGGUCAUCAAGCCGGAGUUGCUCAAGAAAGGGUUUGAGCUUAUCAAUAGUUGAUGUGCAUGAUGUCAAACACUCCUUUGGGAUCUGGAAUAGGCUACAAACUAGAUUCAUGUCUGCUAGUUUACCCCGUUGUAUGGAAUUGAAGCGUCAGUUAACUAAUCUCAAAAAGAAGGAAAAUCAGUCUAUGGAACAUUAUCUCCAGGAUAUAAAAAAUUUGGUUGAUGCUCUCGCUGCUGUUAAUUCCCCAGUCUCGGAUAAGGAGUUAUUGGAGUCCAUUCUUCGGGGUUUGGGUCCUGAAUAUGAAUCAUUUGUUGGCACAAUUAUGCUUUUCCCCGACAAAUUUCCCUUUGAUGUGUUACAACCUCGCCUAAUGGAGGCCGAACAACGAGUUAUAUUCAAUCGUCACCAUGCUUCCACCAGCCUUCAUCAGGCAUUUGGAGCUGCUGUUGGCAACCAGCCGCACCAGCCCGCAUAUGCUCCGCGCGGUAGGGCCAGCCGCGGGAGAGGCGGCCGUGGUCGUGGCGGUCGUGGCAGGGGGCGCAAUCAGUACGGGCAGCCCCACUUCGGCCCGAAUGGACACCAGCCACAUCUCGGCCAGCAAGGUGGCCAGCACUCUUCCGGUCCGCAGUUCACCGGCCAGGUCCCACCAGCGGCCGGUUUCGGCCAAUCACAGCCUGGCGCACACCUUCCACGCCAGACCACUUCAGGCCAUUCUGCCCUCCAUUGUCCUUCUCGUUUUAGUCAAGCUUCUGUUGCUUUGAUGGUUCCUGGUGGUGACACAAAUGACAAUUUAUGGUAUCCCGAUUCUGGGGCAUCUGCUCACAUGACUCCCACAGAAAGCAGGGAAGGCCUGGAAGUGACAGAUGAUGUAUCAAUCGUUGAGCUCCUUAACCAUCCAGUCUAUAUCACUAAAGGCUCUUACACUAAUAUCAAGGUUACAACCCCUGAUGAUUUGUUGCUAGCUGAGAGAAUACUGCACACUUCAAAUUCGCAAAGCUGAUUUUUCUUGUUGUACCAUCCAAUAUUGUACAUGAUUUUAUUCAGAAUUGUUUGGUGUACACAUUUUUAUACACGCUUUAUACAUUUUUUCUCUCAUGAACAAUCAGCUCAAAAUUCUCGACAACUUCUACAUUUUUUGACGGAUUGCUUUGAUGCCGACAAAAUGUAGGGUACGUCAUACGUGAACAAAAAACGUGUGCAAAU